AUGAUAAAAUCGAAAGAGAACUCUCUAUCGAUGCCGAAACUUCCAACAAACCGUGAAUUCUCCGAGACAUCUCCGGUAUUCAAAGUAAUAAACCGAAGUACUGAACCGGUACGCCCAGUUCAGCAACAGUCCCCCCGAUCGCCGCGGUGGUUACGUUUCCGGCGCCUGGAUCCGCCUCCUUUUUACAACCUCCUUUCCGGCGGCGUCAUAUUGUGUUUUGUCUCCUCAAAGAAAGACAAAAUGGGAGGUGUUUGCUCUUGUGGUUUCAAAGAUGAUGAUAAGAAGCUGAGAUCCACCGAUGAUGAUAAGUCAAGAGGCUUCUCUGGGAAACUCAAGUCCAUGAGAAGAAGAAAAACCUCUGAUUCGUAUUAUUCAGACAACUACGGAAUCUCAAGCUCAAGGCGGAAAAACUCCAAGCCUGAUGAGAAUUUCUUCAACUUUUCCGGUGAACUCGGCCCGAUGCCUCCAUUAAGAACAGAAUCUACCAAGAUUAUGCAGAGGAACUCGUUUCUGGGAAGAGCUGGAGUUAUGGGGCUAGAGAAGGCGGUUGAAGUUCUAGACACGCUUGGGAGCAGCAUGUCUGGUAUGAAUCCGGGCAACGGGUUUCACACGGGUGUUACAUCGUCCCGUGGUGUCAAAGUCACGAUCCAUGCCUUCGAAGUGGCCAACACUAUAGCGAAAGGUGCUGCUUUGCUGCAAUCUCUUUCUGAAGAGAAUCUCAAGCUCAUGAAGAAGGAUAUGUUGCGUUCCAAGGGAGUUAAGAAGCUGGUCUCUACGGACACCAAAGAGUUGCAAAUUCUCGCCGCUUCUGACAAAAGGGAGGAACUUGAUAUUUUCUCUGGAGAGGUGAUCAGGUUUGGGAAUAUGUGUAAAGAUUUACAGUGGCACAAUCUCGAUCGGUAUUUUACAAAGCUUGACGCAGAGAACUCACAGCAUCAACUUCCCAAAGAUGAAGCAGAGGCAAGCAUGCUAGAGCUUGUCACUCUUGCCCGGUUCACUUCAGAAUUGUAUCACGAGUUGCAAGCUUUGGAUAGGUUUGAACAAGAUUACAGGAGAAAGCUCGCAGAAGUAGAGUCUUUAAACCUUCCUCGGAGAGGAGAGAGUAUCAUUAUCUUACAAAGUGAACUAAAACAACAGAGGAAACUCGUGAGGAGCUUACAGAAGAAGUCGCUCUGGUCCCGGAAUCUAGGAGAGGCUAGUGAUUAUUGAAUUUUUUGUGCCUUAUAGUGUGGUAUAAAUAUGCGAGUUAAUUUAAUAUUUUCUUGUGUUGCAGAUAAUUGAGAAGCUUGUAGAUGUGGUUUGCUAUAUACGUCAAACGAUUGUGGAAGUUUUUGGCAACAAUGGUCUACAAGAAAAUGGAGGGAAGCAGGGAGGAGAACGAUUAGGUGAAGCUGGUCUUUCUUUACACUACGCUAAUCUAAUCCAACAAAUCGACAGUAUUGCGUCUCGACCUUCAUCACUUCCUUCUAAUGUGAGGGACACGCUGUACAAUGCAUUACCUGUUACUGUCAAGACAGCGCUUCGUCCUCGGCUACAAACUCUUGACCCUGAAGAAGAGCUUUCAAUAUCUGAGAUCAAAGCUGAAAUGGAGAAGUCGCUUCAAUGGCUUGUCCCAUUCGCCACAAACACCACCAAGGCACAUCAAGGCUUCGGAUGGGUAGGCGAGUGGGCGAAUUCAAGGAUAGAGUUUGGGAAAGGAAAAGGCGAGAACAACGGGAAUCCAACACGACUUCAGACGCUUCAUCACGCGGAUAAACCAAAAGUUGAUUCAUAUGUACUUGAACUCGUUGUGUGGCUUCAUCGACUAAUGAAGUCAUCAAAGAAACGAGUUUACGGCGCUAAGCUUCCGGAAACCAACCAUGACUCUCAAACCAGCGACAAAACCAUCUCCAACACGCAACUAGCUCUCUCCCCUGACUUCACCUAUAAAAACCAACUUUCUUUAGAAGACAGGUUGUUGUUGGACAGCGUCGAAAGCAUAAGGUUUGGUCCUAAUCUAAGCAAGAGUCAAGAGUUCGUCGGCUUGAAGAAGAACAAGAAAGGAAUCAAGAUCUGGGCAUUAAGCAGAAGUACAGGGAACUCUCCAAAAGUCGAUCUUUCUGGUGAGAACUCUUCUAGUGAUUUGGAUAUACUCGAUGGUUUGGAUUUCGCUUUCCGACAGGCGUAAUUUUGGAUGUCCUUUGAUGGCUUUAGAACCGGUUUUUGAUCCAAUCUUCUGUACUUAUAUACUGUCAUUUUUUUGUAUAUAACACAGCAUAAGCAUAUAACACAGUAAUGUAAUAGUUGAAACAAAACAAAGACACUACUGUAUUUGGUUGGUUUAGUUGGAUUUGUGUUUCAGGUAAACUGCUUUCUUUUUCU